AUGGCCCACAGAAAUGGUCACUCGGAUAGGCCAGCGAGAUCUCAUCCGUCAAAAGGUCUCGUGGGCUUCGUCAUUGUUUGCGCUCUCUUGUCUUUAAUAUGGUUCAACGCUGGCAGCGAAGGGCAGUUGCGCAAGACUUAUAGUUCUCUGUCUAACGAAGCAGAGAAACCUGCUUCAUUUUCUACAACAGCCUCGGCCGGCAGCGAGCAGCAAACUGUUGAUGCCCAACUACACAAUGUCACAAGUCCUUCAAUGAACGUUUCCUUACCAGCGCCAUUCCCUACGCUUUCACCCCCGGAUAAUGAAGAGUACAUGGCAAUCUGUAUGGCAGUGAAGAACCAAUCCAGAGAUCUCCCCGAAUUCUUCACCCACUACUAUUUCCACCAUGGCAUUCGCCGCUUCUAUAUUUUUGACGACGGCACCGAACCCCCGCUCUCUAGCGUAACCUAUCCCAUUCCCUCCUCCGCUAUCACCUGGGUCUACUUUCAACCUCAUCUCCACUCAGAUCAGCUAGACGACCGAAAAGGGAUUCAAGAACAAUACUAUAGCGGAUGCGUAACAAUGUUUGGCGACAGGCACACGUGGAUGGGGUUCCUUGAUGCGGAUGAAUUCUUAGAAAUGACCGGCGGUGAAACACUUUCGGGAUUCCUACACGAGUGGGCACGCAAUAAUACCGUUGGUGCUGUGGGCGUCAACUGGCUUGUCCACAGCUCCGCCGGCUUACUCACCCGUCCUGCAGAAGGGCCUCGCAAAGCCUUCAACCGCUGCAUCGUGGAUGAUCCCAACAACGACAACCUCAAGGUCAAGACUUUUGUACGUACAGCCCUGUUUGACACCAUGUGGAACUGCCACUGCGUCGCCGUAUUGAAGAAUGGAGCUAUCCAAGUCGGAGAGCAUGGGGACGUGAUUGACAAGUCUUGCGAUCGGAAGCCAAUCACAAGGGACAGAUGGGGCUUACACCACUAUGGGACGAAGUCUAGAGAGGAGUUUCUGGAGAAACAGGCGAGGGGGAAGAUACGAGGUGGCAAGUCUACGGAGCAUUGGUGGAAUAAGAUUGAGAAUGCGGAACAGAGAGAUUGUUUGGAGUUGACCAAGUAUGUACCAUAG